AUGUACAUGAUGAAUUCGCUACUGCUGCUUUCGGCCGCUGUGCUUGUCGCCGUCCAUGCGAAAAUGCAAAAUGUCACGGUCAAGGGCACCACUAUUUGUAACAAAAAGCGAAUGGCUGACGUUUUGGUGGAACUGUGGGAGAGAGAUACCCUCGACCCCAACGACCUUCUAGACUCAAAGACAACGGGCAAAGAAGGCGAGUUUAUUGUAAAAGGAGGCCAGGAUGAAUUCGGCUCCAUUGAGCCAUUCCUCAGAAUCACACACACUUGCAAUGUGAAACCGGGCUGCAAACGAGUCACCGAGUUUGAUAUUCAAAAGUCGAAAAUCAACACCGUUUAUGACAUGACGGAUUCAGAUAAAGGGAAACUUUGUCAGCAAUUUUAUGCUGAGAAAUAUAAAGUAACGAUCAAUCUUGCUGUCGACCCCAACGACCUUCUAGACUCAAAGACGACGGGCAAACAAGGCGAAUUUAUUGUAAAAGGAGGCCAGGAUGAAUUCGGCUCCAUUGAGCCGUUCCUCAGAAUCACACACACUUGCAAUGUGAAACCGGGCUGCAAAAGGGUCACUGAGAUUGACAUUCCAGAAUCGAAAAUUGGCCUGAUGUAUGACAUGACCUAUGUGACACUGGAUAUCAUUUCCGCUGUGGACAAGGAAGAAUGCUAA